GUAGCUUAUUCUCUUGUCUUACAAAUACAGAAUACCUAAGUUAAUUGUGCUUUUUAGCUUUCAUUAAAUUUUCACAGUAAGAAAUAUUUUGUAUUAGUGAAAUAAAUAUUUGAGUUACUUGCAUUUUUCGUUAUUCAAUCAAAAAACGUAACGUUUUUGUUUGUCAGUUGUACUAAAGAAAUAUAAGAUGUCUUUAUUGCCAUAUUUAUUGGAAGAAUUUUCUCGUCCCACCUUAUAUGACCAGUACUUUGGCUUAGGACUUUUGGACGAUGAUAUUGUUGUUCCACGGCAUUCUCUUCAACAUGCAGUCCCUUCCAUGACCAGAAGAUAUCAUUCCCCAUGGCGUCUAGUGGCUGCACCCGACAGUGGUCUGUCACGUAUUCAAAAUGACAAAAAUGGGUUCAAAGUGAAUUUGGAUGUUCAACAGUUCAAACCAGAUGAAGUGAAUGUCAAAGUGGUUGAUGAUUAUGUGGUCAUCGAUGGCAAACACGAAGAACGAAGUGACGAACAUGGUUUCAUAUCUCGUCAAUUUACAAGGCGUUAUAAAAUUCCAGAAUAUGUCGACCCUAAUGCUAUAACUUCCACAUUGUCUUCUGAUGGUGUUCUCAGCAUUGGUGCACCAAAAAAAACAAUUGAAAACAACAAGGAGGAAAGAUCAAUUCCAAUAGUCCAUACUAAUCAACCAAGCAUCAAAAUUUCUGACAAAAAUGAGAAAGAUUGUUCUGAAAAAAUGGAAUCUUAAAUUUUUAUUCUGCUUAAAUUUAAUUGCUAUGAUUUUAGACUGAUGUAAUCCUAUUUAGAUUUUUAUCAAUAUCUAAAAUAACUAAAUUUUAUUAUCAUAUUUUUUAAAAAAAAUAUAAUAAUUAUGUAACUUCUAACAUUAAUCAUAAUAAACAAUAAUAAAUUACAAUUUAUAUUUUAAUAAAAUAAAUGUAUAAUUAGGAGCAAAAUAUUUUUUAUGUUUUUACUCUCUAAUGACUAUAAACAUUCUCUUUUGAUUAUAUAAUAUUGUUCUGUUGGUCCAUUUUUAAUGGUAAUAAACAAAUUUUAUUUAUGUAGAAUAGUAUUUUAGUUUGUAUAAUUAGUUAGGUAUUGGUUUUAUCAUUUUUGUUAAACAUCAAGAAGGAAAAAUCAAUUCCAUUAGUCCAUGCAUAUCAUUCAAGCAUCAAAGUGUCUGACAAUAAAUGGAACCAUAUUUUUAAAUUUAUGACAUUUUUGAACUUCAAAUGUUAUCUAUUAGACUGAUAUUUAGAUUACCUCAUUAUUUAUUUAUUCAUUUUUAUUAGAUUUUCUUUUAUUUAAAGAAAUAUUGUAAUUUUAUAACAUUAAAAUAAACAUACAUUUUAAAUAUUA